GUGAGUAAGACCACGAUUGCCAUUGGAUGGAUGCCACCGUCACGUGGGUCGUCACGACUCUGCAGCGCGAGGACCGUCCUUGUGGUGGCGAUCGCCGUGGCGGCGGUGGUGUCGGCGGCCACUUCGUGCGGAGGCGGCGAGUGGCGGUGCGGCGGCGAGGACGGAGGCGGGAAAUGCAUCAGCCUCAACAAGUUCUGCGACGGAAUCGAGCACUGUGAAGACGGAUCGGACGAGCCUCUUGGAUGCACAAAUUGCAACAGGACGUUUUUUGGUGAAACGAACGUGAAGUAUCCUUUACGAGUGACUGGACCUUUCCAGAGAUACCUCCCCUUUGUCUGCAAGAUAGCGUUCGUCGCGGCUGGAAAAGAAUUCGGCGAUUUCGUCGAGCUGACGUUUCUCUCUUUCCAGAUCGGGAGACUCGAGCUAACAAGAAACCAGACUUCUGUGUGCCAAAAGGGGCAUUUGAAGAUAUCGGAGUGGCCCGAAGAUUCCAAAGACUGGGACGAUGACUCUCCGUUUUCCUUGCGACCACCAAUCCGCUACGCUUCCAUUUAUCAGAGACCACCAAUGGAUGACACCUCCUCACGAACCAUCCCGCACUUCGGAGAGUUCUGUGGUUCCAUGAUUGAGCGCAGUGUCACUUUUUUCUCCCAAACCAACAAUGUGAGUGUGACAGCUGUGGUCCCCAGUAGAGCUUCCAUACCAUCCACCUCCUUUGGAUUAUACCUUACUUACAGGUUUCUCAAGCGCAGACCAUUGGAUUCCGGGCCGGCGAGUUUUCUUGGAAACCACAUUUCUGGAACAUACUGUGAUAAGGAAUUUACGGACUGCCAUGGAAACCGACGAUGUAGGAUUAGAACGCCUAAUUUUCCUGGGUUCUACCCAAGAAACAUAACGUGCAAUUACUACAUCAGGCAGCCAAAAGCCCCUGAGGGUUACACCGCAAGGAUCAUCCUCUCCCAGCCUAACGACUACAAAAUCUCCGUUCCAACUGGCAGGCCAACCUCCACGACCAGCUCAAACUUUCUGCUGUCCACCGAUUGCAUCAGUGGGGAUUCCGUUCGAAUCUUCGACGGCCCUUCCGUUCGUUCUCCUCAGCUAUUGGAAUUCUGUGGGGCUGGAGCCCUCCCCGAAGUGGUGUCCAGUGGGAACGAAAUGCUGGUGCAGAUUAACAGUGCCCCGUAUCAGCUCCUGAGCAACUCCCGCGUGGAGAUCGAAAUUUCGAUUCGUUUCGAGAUGGUGCAUUCUGAAUCGCUCGAGGACGAUGGAAGGUGUUCGUAUACGCUUGAAGGUACCAGGAGAAGAUAUGGGUUGCUUCAUAGUCCCAGACAUACGAUGCCACCAAAUGCCAACUGUACGUACAGACUUAUUGGGGCAUCCCGACACGACAGAAUAUGGCUGUACUUCGUCUCAUUCUUUGUCCUGGUAGAGAAGCAAGCUCCGGCUGCAAGCAGUGAAAACGCCUGCGCUGUGAGCAAGUUGGAAAUUUACGAUUUCGGGGCAACACACGGUAAUGCUACCGGAAGUGGGUCGUUAAUACCGGAACCCACUCAUUUAUUCUGCGGAGAGAACGGGCCUAAGCUAUGUGCUCAUGCCGCGGAUUAUCCGCCAAGAUAUCUUCCGCCACGUCCUUGUGAGAUUCCAGAUGAAAGCUAUUUAUCAACUGGCUCCGAAGUGGUAAUCCGGCACAGAUUUCUAUCAUUUGCUUCUGAAUUGCUCACAAGUUCAACAAGCUCAUUCACAGCGCGCUACGAGUUCGUGGACACCAACCAGCAAGGGACGCCCAUCGACCAUUCCGAAUGCGAUCGCAGGUUGGACAGCAGACUCUCACGCAAAGGGGUCAUCUCCAACCCCAGGAACGUGUUCCUAUACGGCAGGGGAGGGCGCAGGAACAUCACGUGCAUGUUCCACUUCGUCGGCCUCCCGAGUGAACGAGUGAGGAUCAAGUUGAGGAAGGCCAGGCUCAAGAGCAGUGGCACGUACUGCAGGACACACUUCGAUGCUGUCCUCCAAAGACAUGGCUGUCGAAUGUUGCCUGGGCAACAGCAACUACCUGCUUGGGCCUUGCUAGGUGCUUCCGAGUACUGGUCGGGAUAUUCCUCCGCAAUAGGAUGUGUCUGUGAUGUAGUUAUUGACAGAGAUCAGCAGCCGUUGGUUUUAGAGUCAUUGGUGAGCAACGUGAAGCUGAACUUUGAAGUUGUUGGAAUGUCUCAUUUGGAAGACUUUGAUGACUAUUUUUUCGAGGCAGAGUACGAAUUUGUGAAUGACACCACUUGUGAGAGUGGGCUCCGUCGGCAGACUGGACUGAGCGGAGAUGGAGUGUUUUCUUUUCGUCUGCCGACGAAAACAUUCUUUUACGAGGUGCCUUCAUCAUCCAAAAUAAUUCGAUGCAGGUGGCAGAUUGAAGCGUCACCACAUAAACAUUUGUAUCUCAAAUUUAGGGGACUCAACGCGUCGGUAAUGGAAGAGUGCCACUUUGGAAGCAGGCUAUUAGUGUACUUGGACCCAAGAGCAAAGCCUGUUGCCAACGCUUGUGUUGACAGCGACAGACCAAACCUAAGAGGAGACGAAACCGAGGUGUUCGACAUCUUCUCAAACACUUGGUACAAUGAAUCGCACGAUGGAUUCCAAAGACCGGACAGGGACAGGCUGUUCAUAGAAAUGAUUGCGCCACUGCAAUCAGCGUCCUUCACCAUGAACUGGCUGGAAGUGACGAGGCCUUUCGUGAGGACUCAAUCAGGACAGACUCUCAGAAACGUCGACUGUCUCUUCGAAUGUCCUGAAAUCGGAGCUUGCAUCGACCCUGAGCUGUGGUGCGAUGGAACUCUCCAUUGUCCUUCGGGGUUUGACGAAUCGCCUGAACAUUGUAGACACUUUCCAGUGGCUUAUGUGGCUUGUGCCGCUGGUGGGGUACUUGUUUGCCUGGUUUUUGUAGUGUGGUUUACGAUUAGGAGACAUAGAAUGCGAAAAUUGCUCAAGAAAAAAGAGAUUAAAAAGCUUCCCCAAGACGAUUUCUGUGUGGAGAGCCCAAUAGGAUGA